CGGGGCUGCGCGCAGGCUCCUGGGAGGCCCCGGGCACUCGCGGGCCUUUUCUACCGCUCGCGGCCGCUGCGGCGCGCUGCUCUUGCUGACCCAGGGGUAGGAGGAGGUGCUGGACAGCCGCCGCCGCCCGGACGCACUGUGUUGGAGACUAUGUUUCCAUGACUCAAAGGAGAAGGGUCGGUGGGGAGAAUGUCAGCCCUCAACUGGAAGCCCUUUGUGUAUGGAGGGCUGGCCUCCAUCACAGCAGAAUGCGGUACAUUUCCAAUUGACUUAACCAAGACACGACUCCAGAUUCAAGGCCAGACAAAUGACUCCAAAUUCAGAGAAAUUCGGUACCGAGGAAUGCUGCAUGCAUUAGUGCGGAUAUGCAGAGAGGAAGGGCUGAGGGCGUUGUAUUCAGGGAUCGCCCCAGCUAUGCUGCGCCAGGCUUCCUAUGGCACCAUCAAGAUCGGCACCUACCAGAGCCUGAAGCGAUUAUUUGUGGAGCGGCUUGAAGAUGAAACCCUACUGAUAAAUGUGGUGUGUGGAAUUCUCUCUGGAGUCAUCUCCUCAACCAUUGCUAAUCCAACUGAUGUUUUGAAAAUAAGGAUGCAGGCACAGAGCAGCACCAUUCAAGGUGGAAUGAUUGGCAACUUCAUCAACAUUUACCAGCAAGAGGGAACAAGAGGAUUGUGGAAGGGUGUGUCCCUGACUGCUCAGAGGGCUGCUAUUGUCGUUGGUGUGGAGCUCCCUGUCUAUGAUCUCACCAAGAAGCACCUCAUUCUCUCGGGUCUGAUGGGAGAUACCGUGUAUACCCAUUUCCUCUCAAGCUUCACCUGUGGCCUCGCUGGGGCCCUGGCCUCCAACCCUGUUGAUGUUGUGAGAACACGCAUGAUGAAUCAGAGAGUCCUUCGGGAUGGCAGAGGCUCUGGCUACACAGGGACCCUGGAUUGCCUGUUACAGACAUGGAAGAAUGAAGGGUUUUUUGCUUUGUACAAAGGGUUUUGGCCGAAUUGGUUGAGACUUGGUCCUUGGAAUAUCAUCUUCUUUGUGACAUACGAGCAGUUGAAGAAACUGGAUUUGUGACAAGUCCAGGCGGCAGUGAGCUAACCCUCUGCAAAAUGCUCCCUUUCGGCCCAGCGACACUCCCUGCGUUUCACAUGUUUCUCACUGCUUGGCUGGUCAGACUCCAGAGGUGUGAGCCACAAAGGGAGACGGGGUUAGUGCCAAUGGCUGUGUGCAAGUUGGGGGCCUGGCAGCAUCACCCUCACAUCCAGGCUCGAGUCCUGACCGUUCAAGUGCCCUUCAGCAUCAGAGAUUGCAUGUGAAGUGCAUGCUUCCUUCUUACUGAAGAAAACUUGCCCGAAGCUGAGCUUCACUGACUCCCGAGGAGAGCAACGCCUCACCCACCUCAGAGUGUCACCGGGAAUCCAGACUGUCUGGAAGACUGUUUGGGAACAGGGUUGACCGGAGUAAACCGGGAGUUAAGUGUUCUGUCACUGGCAGGGACCUUGGCUUCUUGUCAGCUGACUAGAUCCUAACAUUUUCAUCUGUUAGGAGAGGGAUCCCUGAAACCUUGCACUGCUUCAUAGUUUCCUAGUGGGGCAGGAUCUGAGAAACCAUUUCCCAGUUUUUAAUUUGGGAUACAGUUGUUAAAAUAGUUCUUACCUCGGACUUCCUAAUUCGUGAAGAUGGAAAAUGUUUGCUUAUUUGUACAAACCAUUUUUUCAGUAGAUCUGUUUCAUCCAGUUUCUUUUUUUUUGGGGGGAUCACACCUAGAAAUAUGCUCAAGGGUUACUCCUGGCUCUACACUUAGAAAUUACUGGCAGGGGCCGGAGUGAUAGCACAGCGGGUAGGGCGUUUGCCUUGCACGCGGCCGACCUGGGUUCGAUCCCUGGCAUCCCAUAUGGUCCCCCAAGCACUGCCAGGAGUAAUUCCUGAGUGCAAAGCCAGGAGUAACUCCUGAGCAUCGCUGGGUGUGACCCAAAAAGCAAAAAAGAAAAAAAGAAAUUACUGGCAGUGUUUGGGGCAACCAUAUGGGAAACUGGGGAUUGGAAACGUGCAAGGAAAAGGCUCUACCCUCUGUACUAUCCCUCUGGCCCCAGUUCCUGGUAAGAGGAAUGUAACAUCUUCCCUGUCCUGGAGACGAGUCAUUUUCCUUCUUUCUUGUGUUUUCUUACUCUUCAAAAUUAAAAAAUACCAGAAUUCCUAGUAGUUUCAAUUCUAGAAGAUUGCCCUUCUCCCCCACAAUGGGAUAUGUUAACUUGGGUACCUUCUAUUCUAUCCUUAGAGCAGCAUGAAAUACCUACUGAUUGGGUCUCCAGGGAAGUUGCCUCUGCAGGUUUUUUGUUUUGUUUCUGUGCCACAACUGGUAGUGCACAGGGCUUAUUCCUGGCUUUGCACUCAGGGAUCAAACCUGGGGGACUCCGGGGACCGUAUGAGGUGCCAGGAAUCGAACCAGGUCUGCCACAUGCCUGCCUGCUGUACCAUCGCUCUGGCUUCACCUCUGCAAUUUCAAGUGGGUAAAUUCCUGAUUUGGGGGCAGGAAAUAAUAGUCUUAAGGGUUAAGGCACUUGCCUUGCCAGCUCUGUUCAAUCUCUGUCACCAUGAUAUUCUCAAGCAGCACCAGGGAUUACUCCUGAACAUAGAUCCAGGAAUAGUUCCUGAGCAGUCAGGUCAGGCCCCAAACUGGCCCACACUCCCAGUGCCCUCCCCUGCCAACCUCCCCAUGUAUAUAUAUAUGUGUGUACAUACACACACACACACACACACACGCGCGCGCUACUUUAGCUCUUACAGUUACUUUUCUCUGAAGCCGAGUGGAAGGAAUGUAAGUGUUUUAGAGGGGUGUUUACUUCCCAGUUAUUUCCACCUUGUCUUCUUUAAGGUUUACUUUGAAAAAGAUUUUGAAACAGAAUGUUAUUUUCAGAAGAUAAGAUGAUGGGCUGGGGAGAUAGAUCAGUGCAAGCCUGAGUGCUUGUGACCCCGAGUUUGAUCCCUGGCACCGCAUAGCUCCCCCAGACACCUAGCGCAGGUAGCCCUGGUGGCCCACAUCACUGCCAGGCCUAAUUGGCGCAUCAUGGCUGCAUCUAAGUGUUGCCAGGAGUGGCCCUGAGUCCCCAGGCAAUGCUGAGAAGUGCCCCAAAGCAAAUCAAGCCAGAUAAUAAAAUGAGAAAGGAAGAUGGCAGCAGGGCAGGGUGACAGGUGGCUGUGAGUUGUUCCCCUGGCUAGGGUGGAAGUCCAGACCCCCCCUACGCCCACUCCAGAUGUGAAGCUGAGAGCUAAGCUAAACCAGAUCCUUGGAGAAGAAUUGUGUUUCUUCUUACCAUAACAUUCCAUUGAUGCGAUAAGAACUGUGUGUUGAAAGGUUUUCACUUCUGUUUCUUGAGUUAACACAGUCUUUUUUUGGUUUUUAAUCUAGAAAAUAAUUCAUGUUAAAAUAUACUCAUCUCUUUUAAAACGGUAGAAGUAAGUUCACUUUGAGAAGUAGUGAAUGUCACAAUAUGCAUCAUAUCAAUUUGCUAAAGUUUUGUACACGUUCAUACCAGGAUGAAAAGAAACCUCAAACUCCACUGAAAAACACAAGUCUGUUUUCGGGCCAUGGGGCUUGCUCAGAGGACUAGAGUUCAGGCAUUGCAUGUAGGAGAUCUGGGUGUUUCAUCCCCAGUACUGCAGGACUGCAGGACUUAGGAGGUCCCCAGCAUUUUGGUAUACAGCCCUGGGGGCCCUAGCACUGCAGGUGUAGCCCGGAAGUGCUCCCCAUAAUAGCAGGGAGUGGCCCUGAGGGCCCCUCACUGCUCUGGAGGUGCCCAGCACUGUAGGAUGUGGCCCUGGGGGGUUCCAUCACUGCUGGGUGUGGCCCUGGAGGCCCUUGGCACUGGGGUGUGGCCCUGGGGGCCCCAUCACUGCUGGGUGUGGCCCUGGAGGCCCCUGGCACUGGGGUGUGGCCCUGGGGGCCCCAUCACUGCUGGGUGUGGCCCUGGAGGCCCCUGGCACCAUGGGGUAUAGCCCUGUGGGCCCCAUCAUUGCUGAGUGUGGCCUUGGAGGCUCCUGGAACUAGGGUGUGGCCCUGGGGGCCCCAUCAUUGCUGGGUGUGGCCCUGGAGGCCCCUGGCACCAUGAGGUAUAGGCCUGUGGGCCCCAUCAUUUCUGGGUGUGGCCUUGGAGGCCCCUGGCACUGGGGUGUGGCCCUGGGGGCCCCAUCACUGCUGGGUGUGGCCCUGGAGGCCCCUGGCACCAUGAGGUAUAGGCCUGGGAGCCCCAUCACUGCUGUGUGUGGCCCUGGAGGCCCCUGGCACCAUGGGGUAUAGCCCUGGGGGCCCCAUCAUUGCUGCAUGUGGCCCUGGAGGCCCCCGGCACUGUGGGGUGUGGCCCUAGAGGUCCCUGGCACCCUGAAGUGCAGCUGUGGGGGCCCCAUCACUUCUGGGUGUAACCCUCGGGGCCCCAUUACUUUUGGGCAUAACCCUAGGACCCCCAUCACUUCUGGGUGUAACCCUGGGGCCCUCAUACUGCUGGGUGUAAUCCUGGGGCCCCCGUCACUGCUGGGUGUAAACCCUAAGGGCCCCCAUCACUGUUGGGUGUGACCCUGAGGACCCCUAUCACUGCUGGGUGUGGCCCUGGAGGCCCCCAGCACUGUGGGGUGUGGCCCCAGCACCACUAUGCCCUAGUGGCAACAAAUCCUUGGAUCCAAGCAUUCAGCCACUGACCAUUUGGUUGAGUAGCACCAGGAAGCCUACUGGUUUUCUGAGCAUUGCUUGGGAGACCUUCACCUGCCUGUCCCCUCCCCCAAACAAACAGAAAAAAGGUGUUUUAAAGACAACUAGACAAUUUCUUCUACGUAAAGUUUUCCUCUGUUUGUUUUAGGGCCACACCCAACAAUGCUCAGAAGUAAUUCCUGGCUUUGCACUCAGGAAUUACUCCUGGCAGUGCUCUUGGGACCCUAUGGGAUGCCUGGUUUUGAACCAGGAUUGGCUGUGUGCAGGACAAUCCCGUUACCUGAGCUCUGGCUGCUCUUCUACGUUGAUUUAAUAAACACUUGGAUAACAGAGUUUCACUCUGUGUAGGUUCUUUUGUUCCUUGAAAGAGUUGAUGUGAUUAUUGAAGCUCUAACGAAGAAGUAAUGCAAUGAGUGGGGAGACCUGGUUCCCCUGCUUUUGGAUGGUGUCUCCACAUCCUUCCAUCCCCUUGCAGUAUAAAGCAUAGCAAAAGGGCUUUUAGUUUUUAUAACCACAUGAGGAAAAUGGAUUUCUCAUUUACUGGUGGAUUUACAGUCAUUUAUGCUGAAUUUUGCUGAUCUGUGAUAUAAAUAAUAUCCCUAUUUUCCAUAUUAAUUCAUGUGCUAGAAAUAUUAUAUAGUCUGUAAAAACAAUAAAUUUUCCAUAAGCCUUUA